UUCUUCAGAUCGUGAGCGGUAGCAGUGUCUGAUUAGCUGAUUGUCUCCCUGCAGUAUAGUGAUAUAAUAUUAUACCAACAAGAUACAUGGUACCCAGGGUGGAACUGGUAGUGGUUUUGGUUAUUGUUUGGGUGCAGAGUUCUAACUCUCAGGAUUAUUAUGUUAAUGCUAUUACCGAGGAUCAUCUCUGUACUAUCCCUCCAUACAAUGGUGCUCACAUAGAAUGUGAAAUAACCGCGAAGGUGGAGCCGCACUACGAGUUGAUAGAAAAUAACCAGGUCCAAAGUACUUGUAAAUACAGUGUCAAAAGUUUCACUCAGUCCUGCACAUAUAACAACAGUGUUGUCAAAACCCAUCCGAACAGCACCCACCACUUUGAACGAACCUGUUUAGAUUUUGAGAGGAUCUGUACUUUGUAUCAUAAUGUGGACGGAGGGCUGGCAACUUGCCAAGAGUUUUAUGGAGAGUGUAAGGUAGUCUCUGAAGUCCCAAAAAGUAGACUAGCAGUGGGUUACCCUCAAUACAACCCCCCAAUCUGCUAUCCUGGUUUUAAACCAGCCAGAACCAUCUGUAACUCCACCUCCAUUAGGUGUACAGGUUCAGUAAAUUCCACGAUUACCAGCACCACUGAGCAGAAGCUAACAAGUUGUGACACAACCUGUGAGAAGGAGACAGUCGACUGUACUAAUUUUACUAAAACUUGCAAUGAUACCAACACCAAGUGGAAUGAGAGGUACAAAUCAUCCGUGUCAAAAACACGUGGGGGAUGUGACGUCACGACAAAGAAAUGCACUGAACACAGAGAAUUUAAAAUGGUCCUUAACACAAGAGAGGGGAGCAAGGCCCAUCCAGAGAAAAAAAUGGUGCCUGAGCUGGUAAAAACGUACGACUGUUCUACGACAUCUAAUCUUACGUACAGUACCAAGUUCUGUGUGGACUACAUCAUGAAAAAUAUGAAGUAUAAGGUUGAGUGUCAGUCACACGGAGUUAAACUAGCUGAGUAUCUCAUUAAUGGUUUCUACAAAUCCACUAAUGUUUCUGUUACCGACGUGACAUCUUAUCUUACUGAUCAGUGGGAAAUCAUCAAAAAGUUAUGCAAGGACGACUGUUUCACUGCAGUCACGCGAGAGAUGAGGAACUGUGUUUCAGACUUACCGAUACAGGACGUCCUGCCGGGUAUUUCACACUUGCAACUCAGAGAACUCAUGUACAAGUCAGCUGAUCUGCUGUGUGCCAGUUUAGCUGAUAAGAAAACAGAGGAGAGUUGUAUUGAGUACCUGGAUACCAACAGCAAUAUCUCUAAACAGGUGGUACAGAACAUGAGUAAGGCAUGUGGAACAGAGACACGACAAUGGAAAAAAGGCAGUGCAGUGACUUGCACGGACCAGUGUAAGAACCAUCUUGUUAUCAUAGCAUCUGAGCGGGAGAGGAAUCCUGGUUGCUGUCUGGCUGAUCUCAUGAAGUACAAGGCCGGUACCGCUGGGUGGAUGGAAAUGAUAUCACCGGACCUGUUCAAUGAUAACUUGUUAGUACAUCUGGUGGAGCAGUGUGAAGUAGGGGGCCAGAUCUUAAGCUGCACCGAGGCCGACGGAAUGCAUCCCGCAGUUAUAGUCGUCUUAGUUGUGAUUGGCAUAUUCUCAGUAGCGAUAUUUUCUGGAGUUGUUGCGUUCAUCGUUGUUUUCUACCAGCAGAUGGAAUAUGAGGGAUACAAGAAGGGCUUCCUGCACAACAUGAUAGCCACGUGAUUUGUAGCAUUGAAAUGAAUUAGUCUGGAAAGUGAACAUUCGUGGUAGAAAACAUGACGACCUUUGAAAUUUGUCAACUGAUUUGCUCUGAACUGAAGAAGCGGCGUAUAGUAUAGUGGCGUUUCGGAUUUCAUCGGAGAUGGUUUCAAAUAAAGACCCCCAUAAUACGCCUGCGGAGGAAGAGAAAUGUCAUCACGAAUUGAGACAAAUCGCCGGUAUCAAGUCCGAUUUCUCGGGGUGAUAUUAGCAAUUAAUGGCCAGGUUGACAUUGGAUGACAGACUAUCAUAAAUCAUAACGGAAUUCAAUUUUCUGCAAUUUCAGAGGUGCGUUGAGUAUUAGGCAAAAAUUCGGAAUUCAAUUUUCUGCAAUUCAGAGGUGCGUUGAGUAUUAGGCAAUAAUUCUAAUGAAAAAUGGUCGAUAUUUUGUUACCAGAGGGACAGUAAAAUCAGUUUAUUAAUCGUUUUUUAAUAAUGUAGAAUGUAAAACAGUAAAGAUUUUUAUUUUA